AAAAAGUGCUUUAUUUUGUUAUUUUUUUAAGUAAGUUUAGUAUUUUAUUCAGAAACACAAACUAUGGCUGCAAAAUAAUGUGAGAAAACAGUUUAUUUGGCUCUUGAAUCCAUCACAUAGUUUGUUCGGCUGGUUGGAUGAUGGACGCUUGAUUCUACCAAUAGCAGUCGAGAAUUCAGCGUGACCGCGUUAGGUUCGACCAAUGGGGUAUCGUGGGGGCGGGGCUACACGCCCAGCUAACGUAAGCGUUGUCGGUAGGAAGAAGAAAGCCGAUUCUGGAAGCCAUUACGUUGCGCACAUCAAUUGACUAAAUCCAACUAUUUUUGCGUACAAUACGCACAAUUAUCCCUCCAAAAGAGGAAUAUUUGCAAUUAUGGCAUCGGCCGCGAAAAAGCGGAAAAUGAAUUUCUCGGAGAGAGAGGUGGAAAUAAUAGUGGAAGAAAUAGAGAAACAAAAGCACACACUGGUUAACCACUUCAAUGCUGGAGUCACCCACAUGGCAAAGAAUAACGCGUGGGCGGACAUUCUGAAAAAGGUGAACGCGGUCACCACCUGUCCCAGAGAGCUGCCCGAGGUGAAGAAGAAGUGGUCCGACAUGAAGACGGAGGUCCGGAGGAAAGUGGCCCAGGCUCGGGCUGCCAUCGAGGGGAACUCCACUGACUGCACUCCGGUUCACGUCAUCCUCACCGCGAUGCAGCAGAGGAUCUGUAACCUGCUGGGAGAGGCCACCAUCAUCAGCCUACCUGCAGGAGACUCAGAUGCUGAGAUCACCCUGCCUGUGUCUGUGAACGCCACCACCACCGUCACUCUGACUGAGGCUCUUCCAGCUGGACCUGGAACAGUUUGUGAUGACGCCAAAAGUGCUGAAACUACGUACCACACCCUGGAGGACGGAGGCGUGGUCGAGUACUGCACCACCACUGUGGGCGACUCCACUCCCACCGUCGUGGCGGCCGUCGAGGCUCCUGUGGAGAUGCUCGCCUCGUCCUCGGCGUCCCCGCCUCACCCUCAGGGUCAGGCCAAACCUCAGGAGCUGAAGAGCCGCAUCGCCCUGAACUCCGCCCGCCUGCUGCAGGAGCAAAGAGUCACCAACGUCCACAUCCGCCAGAUCGCCCAGCACCUGGAGGGCCAGAACGAGCUGCUGCAGGUGAUGAGGCGCUCGCAGGAGGCCCAGGCGUUCGCCCAGGAGAGGCAGGCCCAGGCUCUGGAGGGGAUGCAGGCUGCUCUGCUGGCUCUGGUUCAGAUGCUCAGACCGGCUCUCAAAGACCUCCGAAAGUUCAUGCAGAGCGGGACUGAAGCCGCGCCUGCGAACUCCAACAGCUCUGCAGCCGCUACAGAGGAGCAGAGCCGGCCUAAAACACCUCCUCCCGCUCCCCAGCAGGAGGAGACACAAUGACUGUGUGUGUGUGUGUGUGUGUGUGUGUGUGUGUGUGUGUGUGUGUGUGUGUGUGUGUGUGUG